GGCAAGCAUUCUCAAAUCAAAAGUUUCCCAUCUUAAAUGAAAACCUUGUCCACCUGCCCCACCUGUCUCUCCCACUCUGCUUUUAAAACCUUCACUUCUCUUCUUCUUCUUGCUCAACUGAUCAUGACUAGUACUAAACACUUCACUGUCAUACUCUUUCUUGCUCUGUUAAUCAACCAACACUCUUUCAUAAUCAAUGUUGGAGCUGGGAAUGGCUUCAUCACUACCAGAGGAGUGCAUUUCAUGCUAAAUGGCAGCCCUUACUACGCCAAUGGAUUCAAUGCCUACUGGUUAAUGUACGUGGCUUCUGAUCCAUCUCAAAGAUACAAAGUCUCAGCUGCAUUCAGAGAGGCUUCUAGCCACGGCUUAUCAGUUGCCAGAACCUGGGCUUUUAGUGAUGGUGGAUACAGACCCCUGCAGUUCUCUCCUGGCUCUUACAAUGAGCAAAUGUUUCAGGGGCUGGAUUUUGUUGUGGCUGAGGCAAGAAGAUAUGGGAUUAAGCUUGUACUGAGCUUAGUGAAUAAUUAUGGGAGCUUUGGGGGAAAGAUGCAGUAUGUCAACUGGGCUAAAAAUCAAGGCCAGUACAUAGCAUCUGAUGAUGAAUUUUUUCGAAACCCUGUUGUCAAAGGAUACUACAAGAAUCAUAUAAAGACUGUGCUUAACAGAUACAACACCAUCACUGGAGUUGUUUACAAGAAUGAACCAACAAUUAUGGCUUGGGAGCUUAUGAAUGAGCCAAGAUGCACAUCAGAUCCAUCAGGCAGGACUAUUCAGGCCUGGAUAUCGGAAAUGGCUUCUCAUGUGAAGUCUAUUGACAGAAACCACUUGCUUGAAGCUGGUUUAGAAGGUUUUUAUGGACCCUCGACGCCUCAGAGGAAGGCCCUUAACCCUGCUUAUGAAAUUGGAACUGAUUUCAUUGCAAAUAAUCGAAUUCCUGGAAUUGAUUUUGCUACAGCUCAUGCCUAUCCUGAUCAAUGGCUACCAGGCUCAAAUGACCAAAACCAACUUGAUUUUAUGAACAACUGGCUAAACACUCACAUCCAAGAUGCACAAUAUCUUCUUCGGAAGCCAUUGCUCAUCACAGAAUUCGGAAAAUCUUUGAAGAAUUCUGGGUCCGGCCCUCGUCAGAGGGAACUUCAGUUCCAAACUGUUUAUUACAAGGUAUAUGCAUCAGCCAAGCGCGGCGGUGCUGCUGCUGGAGGCCUUUUCUGGCAACUACUAACUGAAGGAAUGGACUCCUUUCGAGACGGAUAUGAGGUUGUUUUGAGCCAGACUCCCUCAACAACAAACAUAAUUACCUACCAGUGUCACAAACUUCAUCAAAUCCGCAAAAUAUACGCACGAAUGGCGAAUAUUGAAAGGUGGAAGAGGGCAAGGGCAGCUAGGAGGGCUCAGUGGUUGGCUAGGAACAAGGGCAAGCAUAUUGGACACCACUAAGGUAUCGGUCUACGAAGUUUAAGCCAAAUGCUCAAACAGAGUUCUUACUAAUACACUGUCAGAAGAUGCAUAGUUUUGAUCUUUUAUUAUGAAAUGUAAGCAUCACGUUAACAGCGCAAUCUUCACCAAAAGAUCAACAUAUUCAAAAUAUUCAACUAUUAUAUACACAGUUUGGUCUUUGGCUCUUUGCAA